AUGCCCAAACAUAUUGAUACUACAACAAGAAGUCCUACCAAUGUUGCUAGCGUGGAACAAUUCCUCCGAGGUUCAGGAGGGGAUUGUUCUAGGAUGUCACCAACCUACUCUCCCACCUCCAAUUCCCCUUCCUCUCCUUACUCUGACAAGAUGAAGCAUCAGGACCAGGAAGAAGACCACGGCCUCAAUCAGAAGAAAUCAGUCCUCAACAAAGUGAAGGAAAAGGCCAAGAAAUUAUGCAGCAGCCUCAGCAAGAGAAGAAUGGAGGACGAGAAUGUCACUCCCUCUUGGGGUGUUAAGUUAGAAGAUGACGAGCAAGAAGAAGACGACGCUGAAUACCUUGGAGCUCCUAUGUAUGAAUCUGAGCUAGCACCUGACGCAUACAAAGAAAAUGCAAGGCAACAUCCAAGAGCAAAUCCAGUAAUCUCUGAGAAUCAUGUUCUGCAUAACACUGUCAGACUAGAAGGGCAGCACGAUCGAGAAAAGCCACGUGCUACUAUGAAUCUCAAGUGCACUUCAACAACGCAACCUGAUAAUACAACAACAAAAACAAAAAAUCUAACUCCAAACAUGGCCUCUGAAACCUUAGCUCAGAAACAGAUGCCUGCCUAUGCUGGAGGGUCGCUUGCAGCCAAUUCAAUAUCCUCCAAAAAUCAAGUUGCAGUUUCCAAAAAUCAUCUUACAACCAACAGCAUGCCCUCCCGAAAUACAUCAGUUUCACCAUCCCAGAUGCAAAAUUCACUAUCCUCAUCUGCUUCACAUAGUGGGAAGAAUUCAAGCCAAAAUGGUGCUUCAGUAAAAGAUUAUUUGAUGAGCAAGUCGGAACUAGAGAAUGAUGCCAAAACUUUGUCUCCAAUGCAAGAUUUAUCAUCUUCAUCUGCUUCACUGAGUGGGAAGAUUACACAAAGGUGUGCUUCAGCCAAAUAUUAUUCGAUGAACAGAUCUGAACAAGUGGAUGAUGCCAGAACUAUGACUCCAUUGCAAAAAUCAUCAUCCUUAUCCGCUUCUUCACUGAGGGGGAGAAACACAACCCAAAGGAGUGCUUCAGCUAAAGACUAUUCAAUGGGCAAGUCUGAGCCAAGGGAUGAUGAAAAAACUGCUUCUCGGCUUCAGAUGAUAUCUGAAGGAACGGGUCCAAAAAGAACCUCUAGUAAUGCAGGUAUGAUGGAGAAGGUGAGAGGAGCUGUAAAUUCAUUUCUCGGGAAUGAGGAUUCAUCACAAGAAUAUGGAGUCAACUGUCCUACUACACGCACUUCAUCACAAACUCAACAAGUUGGUCAGGAUGAGAACCGUGGGAGAAUUCUACAGGCAAAUUAA